CUUUAUAUCACCAAAUGGUUAAAUUAAUUUGCACUUUGGCAGACCACAAAGAUGAUGUCAACUAUUGUGCCUUCUCCUCUUCCUAUUUGGCUACAUGUUCCUUGGACAAAACAGUCCGUUUGUAUUCGUUAAACAAUUUUAAUGAGGUUCCUUACUCACCAUUGAAAGGCCACACUUACGCUGUCCAUUGCUGCUGCUUCUCUCCUUUGGGACAUAUUUUGGCUUCAUGUUCUACAGAUGGCAACACAAUUUUGUGGAAUACUCAAGAUGGAUUGAAACUGGCAGUGUUGGAGCAUCCCUGUAGAAGCCCUCUAAGAACUUGUCGAUUUUCCCCUGAUUCUAAGUGUUUGGUUUCAGGAGCUGCUGAUGGAAGUGUAAAUCUUUGGAAUGUUCAGACACUGAAAUUGUAUCGAUCUGGUACUGUUAAAGAUGGGUCUUUGGUAGCUAGUGCAUUUGCUCCUAAUGGACGCUUCUUUGUGACGGGAUCAUCAUGUGGAGAUCUAACUAUCUGGGAUGACAAAAUGAAGUGUUUAUAUAAUGAGAAAGCUCAUGAUCUUGGUGUUACCUGCUGCGACUUUUCUUCAAGGCCACAUUCUGAUAACAAGCAAGAUGCUGAUUAUUUCAAAAUGGCAUCUUCUGGUCAGGAUAGCAUAAGUAAGAUUUGGCUCAUUUCAUCUUCUGAUUCUACAGGAUUUGAGCUGAGAUAUAUAUGUACUUUAAGUGGACAUACUGCCCCAGUUCUGGCUUGUGCUUUUUCCUCCAAUGGGCAGGUUUUAGUUACUGGGUCUGUGGACAAAACUGUAAUGAUUUUUGAAACUAACACUGGGAGCAGCCUGAACAUUUUGACUCAGCACACCAGGUAUGUUACAACUUGUGCCUUUGCACCAGAUAUGCCAUUAUUUGCUACUGGUUCAAUGGAUAAAUGUGUGAACAUCUGGCAAUUGGAACCAGAACAACUUUUUACAGGAGGUCCUCUGAUAGGGGAAUCAAAGAUCUCUGUUGAUAGCUGGACAGAAGAAGAUGUUUCAGUUUGGCUUCAAACACAUAACUUACAAGACCUAGUUGAGAAUUUUAAGAGAAACAACAUUGAUGGUAAAGAAUUGUUGAGUCUUACAAAAGAGAGCUUGAUUGAUGAUUUAAAAAUUGAAUCUCUAGGUCUUCGCAGUAAAGUUUUGCGUAACAUUGAGGAGCUGAGGAACGAGAUGAAAUCUGCUUCUCUAGGUAUUCCUGAUGAAUUCCUGUGCCCCAUAACCAAAGAGCUUAUGAAAGAGCCAGUGAUUGCUGCGGAUGGCUAUUCCUAUGAGAAGGAAGCAAUGGAAAAUUGGAUCAUUAAAAAGCGGCGUUCUAGUCCUAUGACAAAUCUCCCUCUUCAGAGACUUGUACUUACCCCAAACCGAACUCUAAAAAUGGCUAUUAAUCGCUGGUUGGAAACUCAGUCAAAAUAUAGUGAAAAGCAAACACUCUAAAGACAAUGUAAUUUUUUUCAAAGUAGUGGAAAUGAAACUAAAGGUAUGUAAAACAUUUCAGUGGUAAGCUGCUUCCUGUUGAUAUAGUUCACUUUUGUUAUCAUGGCAUAACUGAUGACAUUAGCUCAAUUAAGUAUCUUGAUCCUUGAUAAAUGUCAGCUAUUGGGUGUUACAAAUGAUUUAUGUUUCUGCUAUUGAAUGAAAUUCUGGCUGCAAUGCUAUUUAUAUUGGAAUGGUUUUCAUAAACAGGAGGAGGACUUGGUUCUGAAUAUGUAUGCAUGGGAUACAUUUUAUUAAUUUCAAGAAAAUAUAUAGCAUGUGAUAGAUCAUGCUCUGUAAUAAGUUAUUUAGCAACCAGCAAAGUAAUUGUGUGCCUUUUCCUAGCUUGGUUUGGAUAUCAGAGCUUACCAAGAACUCCUGUGCCCCACCCAUAGUACAGAAUUGAGGUCCGAGAGAUACACACAUUUUUCUGUCCCUGUCCAGGAUCUCUGAGUGUAUUUAUUCCCACGAAUGUAGGAACACCAUGGCCCUGGCAGAGAGCAACAGGUGCUUAGAUCUUUGGGAUCAAAAGACUUUCCUGCCCUACCCUGCCUUCUGCCAAAUGCCCUUGUGAGAUGGGUCUGGUGUUGUGUUUUCUUGAGCUCAGAAAGAACCAAGGCCAGAGCUAGCAGAAAGCAGCGAGGGAGAACCUGAUGUUAGCUUUCCAGCUCUAAGGUUUCCUAGGAAUUUCAUCGAGUAGCAUGACAUUGUGUUGUUUGAUUUUGCAUGGCCUGGUAAGUGUCAGUGGCAAAAUUACUACUGCUUACUACUAGCACUGAAAUCAUGUUCCUUUUAUUAGCUAUUACAAACAGUCUUCAAAGGACUAUGAUCAAGAAUGAAGUGAAAGUGAAAAACUUGCAAACUAUGCACAGAAGCUUAACUAAUGAUAACUUUGUACAACUGCAGUACUCCUAUUUUAGUGCCUUUCAAGAUGUGCAGCCUAUAUGUAAAAUAGACAAUUCAACCAAAGUCUUGGCAUGGAAUAGCAAUCAACUCAUUGGAGACUGGAUGUUGAGUUGAUCUACAAAUACUAAACACUCACCUGCGUUCCAACAGUGUUUUGACCAGGGAAGCAGAUUGUUCAUAUCUUUACAUUUCAAACAGACCCUGAUUAAACUUGCAUUAGCAAUGACCUCUCAGCGUUGUGCUAUAAAACUACAGUACUGAACUAGAAACUAUAUUAAUAAUCUUUUAUUUCAUAAGGGAAAAAUACAGUAGCUGUGCAAAAAAUAGAUCUACAGAACAAGAGAAUAAGAUUGUACAAAUACCAAGAUAAACAAUAAAUAAGCUACAGAAUAGAUUAACAAGUCAUUCCAAAAUGGACUUUUUAAUGAUUUUUUUUUAAAAAAAGUGUGAAGAUGUUGUUAUAAUGUAACAUACAUACUGUACAUGUGGGAAUAAUUUGUUAAAAGGGCUACAGAAUUUCCAGCUUAUAUAACCAGCCUUUAUUACUUACAGGAACAUCCUUACAAAUUAGUCUCCUCAACAACAUCUUGUAAUUUAAAUAGAUAUUUCCUACUGCAAUACUGAGGAAAGUAUCAAUGGCCUUUAUGUAAGCUUAUGUCAGAUAGUAAUUGGAUGUUCUAUAAAAAUACUCUAUGACCUGUAUUUCUCUUCCUUUUUCCAACAUAACACCUCAAAAGAUGUUUAGAUAAACUAUGUAAAGUGCUGUUUGUAUGUUGUUAACUUGUCAUAUGACUCAGUGCAAUAACAAAGAUGUUGAAUAAAAUGCAUGCAAAAUUUUA